AUCAAAGCUGUAUAGGAUCCGGAAGAAGGUGAUGGAGAUGCUUCGCGACAGGAAUUACCUCGUAGGAGAUUUCGAGGUUUGUAUGUCAAAACAAGAGUUCAAGGAGACAUAUGGUGAGAACUUGAAGAGAGAAGACCUUGUCAUCAAGAAAGCCAAAAAAGACAAUCCCUCUGACCAGAUUUAUGUGUUCUUUCCUGAGAAUGAUAAGGUUGACGUCCACACCUUAAGGACUUACACCAAUCGUAUGUCCUCCGACAAUGUCUACAGAGCCAUCGUCGUUUGCCAGACCAGCCUUACUAAAGCGGCACGGGACUUCUCUGAAAUCGCCUCCAAAUUUCAUUUGGAAGUUUUUCAUGUGUUUUCGGAGGAUGAAAUAUCGAAGCUGUAUAGGAUCCGGAAGACGGUGAUGGAGAUGCUUAGGGAUAGGAAUUACCUCGUAGGAGAUUUUGAGGUUAACAUGUCGAAAGAAGAGUUCAAGGAGAAAUAUGGGGAGCACAUGAAUAGAGAAGACCUUGUCAUCAACAAGGCGAAAAAGGACAAUCCCUCUGACCAGAUUUAUGUCUUCUUCCCGGAGGAUGAGAAGGUUGGCGUCCACACCUUCAGGACUUACACCAAACGCAUGAACUCGGAGAAUGUCUACAGGGCCAUCAUCGUUUGCCAGACCAGCCUUACUAACAUGGCAUGGAACAGUAUCUCUCAGUUCGACUCCAAAUUUCAUUUGGAAGUUUUUCAGGAGGCUGAAUUGCUGGUUAAUGUAAGAUAUCACAAGCUUGUGCCAGAACAUCAGCUGCUGACUGACAAUGAGAAGAAAACCGUACUUGAGAGAUACACUGUUAAAGAAACUCAGCUGCCUAGAAUCCAGGUGAGGGAUCCUGUUGCAAGAUAUUAUGGCAUGAAGCGUGGACAAGUUGUCAAGAUAAUCCGGCCAAGUGAGACUGCAGGAAGAUAUGUUACAUACCGAUUUGUUGCAUAAGGAUUUCCCUCCCUACUGAUAUAUACCAGAGUCCAUAAGCUUGGAUAGCGAUUAUAUAGCUUCUUUUUUUUUUUUUUUUUUUUGUAGUGGGUGACAUACGACAUGGCAUGUGUUGUUAUUGAUCGUAAUGUCAGAGAUUUAUAUGGAACUUAGUUUGUCUACAGUAUAGACUAUAGACCUAAAUCAUUUUAGUAAGUUGGUAAUUUUUAGUAGAGGACAUGGCGCAUGUUUUCAUUCACAAUUUCUAAGCAUAUUGAUGCUUGAGUACAGUACAGUCUCAUGUCUAUUGAGACUAAAUUCCUUUUGAAGCAAUAUAGAUUAGUUCUAUAUGUU